UUCAUGUGUUUCUGUCAGUCAGGCAGGAUCACACACACACCUCACUGUCCUGCACCUGCUGCCUCAGACAUCUGGAUUCUGGUUUCGGAGGACCUCCACUGCCACCAUGUCAACAUCUGUACAGGUGGAGCCCGUCACGGAGACGAGCUACCAAGGGGUCGGCCGCUGCAAGUGCUCCUUCUGGUUCGCCGUGGCCCACGACAUACUCGGCGUGUUCAUCAUGAUGGUGGGGGUGUUCGGAGGGCUGGUGGUCCACGACCUGUUCAUCUACGCUGGGGCCCUGGUCAUCUUCCUCAGCCUGAUCUGGUGGGUGUUCUGGUACUCUGGCAACAUCGACGUGCCGCCCGAGGAGCUGGAGGACGACGUGGGCCUGAUCAAGCUGAGGAACCGGGGCCUCAGCCGGGCGGUGAGGCGAAUGUCCAGCCGCUUCAGGAACUCUCUCAGGAGGAGCGGCCGGAACCAAGACGUGGGGCUGUCCACUAUUUUCGACAACACCAUCACCGCAACACCUAAAGAGCUCCAGAGAGAGACAUUGUCCAUAUGAACUCAUCCACCGCGGCCGCAGAGA